GCAAGCGGAUACAUACAGGAAAAUCGGAACCGAACCGAAAGACCAGGAAAAUAUGGUUCACUUUUCUAAAGAAAAAAUGUUGAAAUAUCAAUUGUAAAUAUUACCUGUUUCUUACUACGCACGGAUUGAAAGUGGAUGUGCAUAAAUAGCGUGUGUUGUGUCGAAAAACGAGCGUGCAACGUGCAGUGAAUACCAGAAUUGAAUUGAAUUGCGUUUGCCUGGGUGUGAAUCGAAUUCGUGUGAGAGAGCGUGCGAGCCUAAAUCUGAGAUUCUGAAUCCACUUGCCAUAUACAGAGUGUCACGAAUAGCGAGUGCCCUGUGGGAGCGCUGUCAGGCCGAGUCAGAUACUUAAGAGCAGCACCUAACUCCUACCAAUAGUGUAAGAAUUGUUGUGUAACCACCUCUGAGGACCUUCUAGGUGCAACUGGGGCUUCCCCGGUGUUUGUGUGUGUGCAGGGCGCAUACGUGUCGCACCUUGCAACACACAGAUAUUGGGGCUCGAAACGUGUGUACAUACCGCCAGUUGGGGCAGACCUAGCCGAUUUCCUCCACUUAUCGAUUAAUACCCCGAUUUAACCCUCUAUAUUUUAACCAUCAUUAUAGUUAUAGUCACAAUAUGAACUAUUAUAUGGUCUUUGGUACAAUGGCAUUUGUAGGUAUAAUAGGUGGUCCUAUCUUCCAUCACAUAAAAUGUUCAUGUAACUUUCAUUUAACGCAAAACAAGAUGAUUGAUAGUCAGAAAAUGUUGGGAUAGUAGAAGCAAAAAGACGUUUUAAGUACCUAUUAUCACUACUUUAUAAUUACUUUAAUAAUUAUUACUGAUUCAGAAAGCAUAACUGGAUUUAACCCUCUAUAAGGCAAAGAUAAUAUAAACUAUUAUACGGUCUUUGGUACAGUGGCAUUGGUAGAUAUAAUAGGUGGUCAUAUCCUCCAUCACAUAAAAUGUUCAUGUAACUUUCAUUUAACGCAAAACAAGAUGAUUGAUAGUCAGAAAAUGUUAGAAGAGUAAAAGCAAAAAGAAGUUUUGAGUACUAAGUAUCACUACUUAUAGUUACUUUAAAACUAUCACCGAUUUAGUAGUCACAAAAGACACCAAAUAUUGGGAUAACAGUGGCACCUAUUAUUGUUUCUUUAUAGUUACUUUAAUUACAGAUUUAGUAGGCUCAGGUAAUAAUCCUUAUUGCAUUACAUUUUGUUCGAAUUCCUUGCCAAAGCUGUCAGCAAUUUCCUCCUUACUUUCAUUUGUACCCGAAACCCCUUUUGUGUUGACUGGGUCAUACGAGUAUUGUGUGUAGAAAGCGUUCAAACUUUGCAAUGCAUCUGGAAAGAACGGAUGAACUGACUGCCUCCUUGGUGAUGGACUUCGUUCAAGUGUCGGAGGAGGAGGGUGACGAGCCCAUCGAGCUGCCAGCCGAGGAAGAUGGCACCUUGCUGCUGUCCACCCUACAGGCCCAGUUUCCGGGGUCCUGCGGUCUUAAGUAUCGCAACCUGGACACAAAGGCGGUUCGCGGCGUGCGCUCCAACGAGGGCAGACUGUUUCCGCCCAGCGUGGACUCGGGAUGGGGGGAGUACCUCUACUUCUGUGUGUUCCCCAAGGAAAACAAGCGGAAGAGCGACGAUAACCUGGAGAACUCGACGGCCAAGACCAAACGGAUCGAGACCCGCUUGCGAUGCACUGAUCUUAUAGUGCUGGGCUUGCCCUGGAAGACAACUGAGGACAGUUUGCGGGAGUACUUUGAGACCUUUGGCGAAGUGCUGAUGGCCCAGAUCAAGAAGGACACCAAGUCGGGCCAGUCCAAGGGCUUUGGGUUCGUGCGCUUUGGGUCCUACGAUGCCCAGAUGCGCGUCCUCUCCAACCGUCACCUUAUCGACGGUCGUUGGUGCGAGGUCAAGGUGCCCAACUCCAAGGGCAUGGGACACCAGGUGCCUUGCAAGGUCUUCGUUGGCCGCUGCACAGAGGACAUAAACUCGGACGACUUGCGCGAGUAUUUUUCCAAAUUUGGCGAGGUCACGGACGUGUUUAUUCCCCGACCCUUUAGGGCAUUUAGUUUCGUCACUUUUCUCGAUCCUGACGUGGCACAGUCCCUCUGCGGAGAGGAUCACAUAAUCAAGGGAGUUUCGGUGCAUGUGUCGAAUGCUGCCCCAAAAGCCGAGCAAAACCGGAAUCAGCAGGCUCAGAGCUACAAUUACAACUCGGCCAACAGCUUCGGCAUGCACUCCUACCACCCGCAGGGUAACCACAUGAACGGCGGCCGAAAUGGACACCACAGAGGUAAUAACCAACACAGUGCUCACGGCGGUGAGAACCCCAUCAUCGCCAAUAAUCAUAACAACAAUAGCACUGCCGGCUACGGUAUGGGUGGCAAUAAUUACGGCGGAAAUACGGGCGGGGGCUACCAUAACAACGGCAGUAAUCACUCCAACGGCGGGAACGCAAAUCGCCAGGACCCAGGCGCCCAGUACAGCAGUAGGCAGGCGAAUUUCCAUGGAAUGAAUCAGACCCACAACGGCAACGUGGGCGGCAGCAAUGGCUGGAUGAACCGGGGGCACCUGGACAUGCCCAAUCUGCAGGCACUGGGCAUCAAUUCCCAGGGUUCGAGCUCCUCCAACCAGGGCCAGAAUAUGAGCAACCAGUCGAUGCUCAAUCUCAACUCCUUGCCGAUUAAUCCCGCACUGGUCGCUGCAGCCCUGAACCAGUGGAGCCUGGUCGGCAACCAGCUGCAGAAUCAAAAUCAGGACCAACAGGGAGGAAAUUUUUUAUCCUGGAUGGCGCAGAACGGUGGCCACAACAACGCCAACAACUUUGGCGGACGGAAGGGAUCUAAUAACCCCAACAAUCCGGGUGCCAACGGGAUGAACAAGCCAGACAACUCGGGCUGCAACGACCAACAGAACGGUAACACCGGGUGGUCGAACCAGAGCAGCGGAUCUCAAAACUCCGUGGAAAAGUCAAACUUUCUUUAAGGCGGUACCAAGAGCACGUUUGGGCACCAACUAAUGGGGUUAAUAAUAGUUGGAUUAAACCAAAAACUCUGUAGCUUACUUAAAUACAUAUAUAUGUAUUCUACAAUUUAAAAUUAAGAAUUGUAUUUAAAAUGUAAUAGAUAUUUUGAUAAAUGUAAGCAAAGAUGACACUUGAUGGAUAACAUAGCAAUUUAUGGAACUCUGCAAAAUAAAAUCUGCGAUAAAGCUCA